GAAAUCAAGCGGAAACGGAUGUGACUUAAGGUUGCAGGCGGAAGUUGUAGAAUCCAUAGCACGACAAGGGUGUCAAAGAGCAGUGAGAUCAGCUUUUUUUGGAACAAUGGGUCGUCACUUCGGAGAUUUGGCCAAGAUAAGGCAUGUGAUCACCUACAGUAUUUCUCCCUUUGAGCAGAGGGCUUUCCCAAACUACUUUUCUAAGGGAAUCCCAAAUGUUUGGAGACGAUUCAAAACAUCUGUAUUCAAGGUUGCACCACCCAUGGUUCUGAUGUACCUGACCUACACAUGGGGAAAUCAUGUUCAUGAACAGACCAAAAAAAAGAACCACGCAGACUAUGAGAAUGACCAAUGAAAUCGCUCCGCUGAGGAUGCGUCCAUCUCUAACUUCUUGUUUCUGUUCAGUAAAGAAAAUAUUUGUGAAAAAUGGAUUUCUGACUUGUUGCCAAUUAAUCACUUUGAUUCAGUUUAGUUGUUUAAUAAAGUACCUUAAUAUGAUGCAUCACUCAGAUUUAUCCUAAUUUAUUGUGUUCUUCAUAAAUAUUUGAAAUACAGGUGUCUUCUGGCAAGUGCUUGUUUUGCUCCUGCUACUGGAUACCAUGGUACAUGUGAAGGCAAGUUUUAUUGUGUUCUAUAGAGAUUUAUUUUUGUUUUGGAAAACAGUUGAGGAUUUAUACGUGAUAAUGAUAUUUGACUUCUAUGACUAUGAGCAAGUCUGCUGUCUGCCAUGUAAAGAUUUCCCACGUUUAACGAAUUUCAUUAAAAUAUUUGGAGUGGU